UUUGCAUCCGGUUCCGGCGUCCCCCCUCUGGGUGGAGCUCGCUGAAGAGGCACGUGUGCUCUCUCCCUGGAUGGAGCUGGUCGCUGGUUGCUACGAGCAGGUCCUUUUUGGAUUCACCAUACACCCGGAGCCCGAGGCGAGCGGCGACCACGAGAAAUGGUCUCCUGUGGCUGACUUCACUCACCAUGCCCACACUGCCUCCUUGUCAGCAGUAGCCGUAAAUAGUCGUUUUGUAGUCACUGGAAGCAAAGAUGAAACAAUUCACAUUUAUGACAUGAAAAAGAAGAUAGAGCAUGGGGCUCUAGUGCAUCACAAUGGCACUAUAACUUGCUUGAAGUUCUAUGGUAGCAGGCACUUGAUCAGUGGAGCAGAAGACGGACUCAUCUGUGUCUGGGAUGCAAAGAAAUGGGAAUGCCUCAAGUCAAUUAAAGCUCACAAAGGACAUGUGACCUUCCUUUCUAUUCACCCAUCUGGCAAGUUGGCCCUGUCUGUUGGUACAGAUAAGACCUUAAGAACAUGGAAUCUUGUGGAAGGAAGAUCAGCAUUCAUAAAAAAUGUAAAACAAAAUGCUCACAUAGUGGAAUGGUCUCCAAGGGGAGAGAAAUAUAUAGUUGUCAUACUGAAUAAAAUAGACAUCUAUCAGCUUGAUACUGCAUCCAUUAGUGGCACCAUCACAAAUGAAAAGAGAAUUUCUUCUGUUACAUUUCUUUCAGAUUCUGUCCUUGCAGUGGCUGGAGAUGAAGAAGCUGUAAGGUUUUUUGACUGUGAUUCACUUGUAUGCCUCUGUGAAUUUAAAGCUCAUGAAAACAGGGUAAAGGACAUUUUCAGUUUUGAAAUUCCAGAGCAUCAUGUUAUUGUUACAGCAUCGAGUGAUGGUUUCAUCAAAAUGUGGAAGCUAAAGCAGGAUAAGAAAGUUCCCCCAUCUCUACUCUGUGAAGUAAAUACUAACGCCAGGCUGACAUGUCUUGGAGUGUGGCUAGACAAAGUGGCAGACAUGAAAGCAAGCCUGCCUGCAGCUGCAGAGCCUUCUCCUGUAAGUGAAGAAGAACAGUCCAGAAUCAGCAAAAAGGAAUCCAGUGACACAGUGCAGGAAGAAGAAAAGCAGUCAAAACCUAACGCAAAGAAAUGUGGUUUAACUGUUAACAGUAAUAAACGAAUAAAAGGAAAUAGCCUGGUGUCAACCAAGAAGAGGAAAUUGGUAGAAAAGUUAGAAAAGAAGAGAAAAAAGAAGAAAAUAUAAAUGGUUAACAGUCAAUCCCAGAUAUCUCCUAAGAGAACUUUUUUUAAAUGGAAUCAUUCUUUUCAAAUGCACCUAAAUAUUUUUUUUUCUGAGUAAAAGCAAGGAAUUUCUUCCUUUGGAGAAAUACACAUCUUACAAAACCACUUUUAGGUGGUUUUUUUU